AUGAUCACACAUACACCUCGGACGGAACCGACCGUAUCGGCUUCUCCGUCCACAAGCCGUCAAUCGCUCAACCAGCCAAGAUCGCCGAUCACCCCAAAUCGAUAUCGAGCAGCUCCUCCCAUCAACCAGUCGCUCCCAUGGACAACCUCGUCUCGUCGCAGUCCCGUCGUCGAACGUGUAGAAGCAGAGUCACCUUCCCACAGCUCCACCUCCAACUGGCAGGCAAGCAUCGAGCUGUCACUCACCACUCGUCGCCGUCUCAUUCGAAAACCGUUACCUCAGCUCCCUUCGCCCCAGAUCAACAAAGCGGAUCAAGCACACGAUGCAGAAGGCCAGUGGGUCGAUUCAGCUGCUCUCGAUGCUCAGUUUCAAAAGGCAGACUCUUGGUGGCCAGAAGCGCUUCCCCAAAAGCACACUCCCGCUUCAUCGUCCUCUUCUAGCCAGUCCAACCCCUCUGCACGUACACCAAUCUCCCAUGAUGGCCAUGGACUAGACGAACAAAGCCUUAGACAUCUCCUUACCAUUCUUCACUAUGCCGCACUCAGGUACGAUUCAAAGGCUGCCUCUGCAUAUGAUGAUGAUACCAUUCGAGGUAAUCCUGUCGUGUCAGCAUCAGGCACUUACAAGAAACCGUCGACAUCCAACACCGCCUCCUCACCGACUUCAUCUGCCAACAACGCCGAGCAAGGCAUUUACAAGCUCGACGAAGCAACCCUCGACAGUCUUUACCGAGCCUUGCAAACUGCCUUCCAACAUCUCUCACAAAAGCAUCUUCUCGGCGCACUGCAACGCACCGCUUCCAUUCGGUGGCGCGCCGAGGCUCAACUACGUAAUGCUACAGCAGCUCAAGCAGUAGAGUCCAAUAGUGGCCUCUCAUCCAGGUGGGCUCGCUUUGCAUGGCCUGCUGCCGCUUUGGGCAAGGCAUACAAGGAGGCACAAAGGAACGUCCUGCCUCCACUCCCUGGCGAGAGCGCCUUUUCAGGUCUCGCUUCACCUUCUCAUUUCCAGACUACCCAGGAUCACUACGCUGCGCUCUACGCCGACCCAGACCAUCGCAUCCGUAAGAGGGAUGUUGCAGUCAAGAUUUUGAGCAACGCCGUCUGGUUCGUUCGUAACUAUGGUCCCGUCGCAGGCGUCGAAACUCUCCAAGAGCCCCACAACGGCUCUGAUGGCAAGGACCCCGUCGAUGGACUUGCACCUCCUCCGCUGUCUUCCUCCAGGCGCACGUCCGAGAAUCUCCUCAAAAAGAACGCCGGGCUCCCCAAUUUCCUGCCCAAGUCGAGUGCCACCACCGCAAUCAGCGGUACAGCCACGCCCGACAGCAGUCGAUCCGACGUGCCCCGCGCGCCCGCCACGCCCGCUUUGCCCGCUCUGGAAGCGUCGUCAUUGCCAACCUCUGCAACGCCAGCCAUUCCGACAUCCGUGCAAGAUUUCACCGCCGUCACUGCAUCUUUGUUCACCCAGCAACUAUCCAGAUCACCCUCAGUGUCUACCUUGGACCAUGUACCCAGCUCUACUUUGCCUGACAACAGUCAGAGAUCCGCACCUUCGAGCGAGACAGCGACACCUUCUGCACCUGCACCUGCACCUGCGCCUGCCUCGGCCGACGUCAACACGGGCGAAAAGAGCAAAGCCAUGAAGCACCUCGCUUCCCUGAGCGCUGCCGCUGGCGCCGCCAUGCGACAAAAGGCACAACACGCAGCUACAACUGCCGCAGCAAAUGGCACCAAACCAGAAGAUUCGGUCGAUGCAGUCCUCGCUGCUUCUGCCGCUUUGCGUCCUCAAUCCAGCCGACCCAGUCUGCGCUCCUUUGCCAGCCAAGCUGAAGCAGCCGAGACCGAUGCACUCGAGAGGGCCGAGCGCGAGCAUCUGGCCAAGAUUGGUCAAGGCUGCGAUGAAUGGGCCAAGAUGGUUGUCUGUCGCCUAUGCGCUUCCAUCUCAGUCGCCGAUGCCCCUGAUAAUAAGCGUCGUCGAAGGUCGGGAACCAUUACCGCUAGAGAUUUCAAUAAAGUAACAGCCACUGCUCAAGAGGCUGACAUAGGUUCCAGUAUCUCGACAAGGUCUGAUAUGACGGCCAAAGCAGGCACAGUCGACCAUGUCCUCCCGAAUAAUGAGGCUCAAAAAAAUGCCGACCCCCACAUUGAGGAGCAAGAGAUUGGUUCAAUUGCAUGGAAGGCUGACCUCUAUGACGGCGAUGAGCUCUUUGCGCAUCACUGCGCUUCGUCGCAUGACCGCAGAUCCAGUGUUUCGCCUCACGAUGAAGAUGAGCGUGUAAGGCUCGUCGGUGGUAGCUUCGUCUGUCGUGUCCAGACGGAAGAACAAAAGCAGACUCUGGUCGAGCUGUUGGAGCUUGCCCUCUACGUCGGCAUGUCGAUGCUUCUUGAGUCCAGCUUCCUUAGCGAUUCGGAUGCAGCUCGACCCAAGAUCCUCAAGGUGCCAGCGCGCACCACUUCGACAAUUGAUGCACCGCAGCAAGGCGCCAGCCUCGUCCACCAGCCUUCCCCUUCUCGUUCAAACUCGCAACAGAGCCUGGAUAGCCGUCCGCGGUCCGUCUCGGGCGCCAGCAGUACUUUGCACACCUCCAACUACGCAGUAUCCACUCGCCAAGCAGACGAACCCCUGCAUGAGGCCGAUUUUGCUGUUGCUAAGUUUGGUCCCAGGAAAUGGACCAAAAGCUUGUGGGGCAAGAUCGGUCAGCUUCCGCUUGCAUCUGCCGAGCCCACUGCAAAUUUCUUCGCAGACAGGCCCAGCACCAGCGAUGGUCAUGCAACAUCAACAAAUGCUCCUCGAACUUCACUCACAAUGCAACGUUACCACACGGAAAGCGUAGCAAAUGGCUCGCCAUCCACCGCGACCAGGAAAGCCCUCUUCAAAGCCGGCGAAGAGCCAAAGCAAUCCAUCGCCGCCAGAAAAGCGGCGCUGUUUGCCAAUACGCCCAAUCACUCUGCCCCCUCCUCACCGUCCGCGGGUCGCGUCGCGACUGCUGAUCCAACAGUGCACUCGAACAACAAGGCACAUGGUUUGGUUGGAAGACUGAUGAGUGCCUUUACCAGGCCAUCGUCCUCAGAUCCCUCGCGAGUAGAUACUGCUGUGUCUGAUUCUGAGGCAAGCGUCACCUCCCAGGCUUCUGCCGCGGGCGGAUCACAAGUGAUACUCAAUGACCACGAUCCCACGUCGCGGUUUCGAGCACCGAAGAUUUUGGACAGGAUGACCAACUUUCAAAAACUUCGACUCCAGCCGAAACCAAGGCUCGCUUUUCCCCUUGAAAGCCCCAGCCCAGCAGCACUCUCCUCCUCCCCAGAGCUCUCGAUGCUCCUCUGCUACCAAUAUCGUAUGGAUCCAAAUCAGGCAACGUUCCCAACCUCUGCUUACCUGGCCGCCUUCCAUCGUUUACAGUUGUUGCGCUUCUUGGCCGAUCAACGUCGAGAUCACCUGACAUUUGCCUCUCCCUCGCACGGCAUCUCCGCCUCGGGCGAUCUGCUGCCCUUCGUCGGUGUGCAGACGCUGUCCUCGUCUUCGGCAUGGAGUGCAAUCUUGUUACGCGGACAGCAACAACCGCAACACCAACCCGACGAGCGCAAGGGCACUAGGCCAGUCCAGCUCGUGUCGUACGAGCUCCUCUCCAGCAGUGGCUCCGCUCCGGGCCUGUGUCGUGAAGAAGUUGCUUUCUAUCAACGACUGAGCAAUAGCCGAGACGUGCCUCUAGGUCAGGUCAUCGAAGAGCUUGGCAUCCGUGCCUGCGCACUUGAAGCAGACGGUGAUGUUGCUGCAAAGGCUGCACACGACUCGCGCGUUGUCAGUGGGAAGAGUCACAUCGGCGUGACCAAAGAUCGUAGCGAUGCUGCGGCGGGACAGCGGAUCAACAGUGCCUACGAUACGCCCGAACAGCGCUUGCAAUUUAUUCAUGGAUGCUGCCGUAUCAAAAUCGUUGCCACUGUGCUGCCAUCAAGGCUCUACGAGAACCAAGCCGAGGUCCUGACGCAGCGUGAUACGGAUUCAGAUGCUGAGCAGAAUUUGCAAAGCGCAACGCUUUCUUCCCCAUUGCUACCUACUAGGUCUCGAGAGUCUGACGUGUCUGCCAUCGCCGCUGCCUCUCAUACGGACAAGGAGGCAGCCAACACCGCAUUUGCUGUUGCAGAGACGGCCGUACAAGUUGCAGAAAGCGGCACGACACGGCCACUGGUUGAUCAACGUGGAAGUGCGAGCGCCAGCGGCAUCUGGAUGUGGAACGCCAGCGCCCAGAGUGGCUGGCAGAGCAAGGCAAUGCCCAUGUCCGAGUCUACUUAUCUUCUCUCCUUUGCUCGUUACUUGGAAGCCAUCUCGUACCAUCCCGCUCUUCGCCGAGCUGCUGGAUUGGAACCUGCAAGUGCCAAAGGUUAUGGCGGCCUGAUUACUGUACAGCAACAGCUUCGUAAAGGCAAGAACGAAGAUAGCCGCAGCAUUGCAGAGGGUCCCAAUCUGCUGCGCUUCUUCCGAAGCGGCCGUUCGCUGGUCAAGGUACAGGUGCAGCCUCUGGUCCUCUAUGACCUUCACAUAGAAGGACCUUGCCUCAAGACGAGUGGCGAACGUCGCCGCGAGAGAAAACAAAAGCAAGUGCAAGCGGAAAAACGCCGAUUCAAGCAGAUCGCUGAACAGACCAGACUCGAAAUUCAACGCUUUUUCGCUUCCGUCAAGAGCAACACGUCCAAGCUGGAAGAUGUGGUUGUCUCGCGCGAUCUUGACGAAGCCGGUAAGACGAUCCGCAGAAAGUCGACAGCCCAACAGGCAGAGACGCCGGGUAUCUUUUCAAAUUCGUCCAGCGCGAUGAUGUCAGAACAGGUUGCUGAGCCGCUGAGUCUGCUCACCAAUCUACUCUCGUCGCUCCGUUCGGACGAGUUUGAGCUGUACGAAGCUCUGCAAAGGACCUUCUUCCUAGACGGCAUCAAUGACGUCCGAAAAGCUUUCGUUGACCGCGCCAAGUCGGCCAAAAACCGUCUUACCGCGUGGACCAAGAAGCAUCUUAGCAAGAAGGAGCAGACUGACUUUGAGACCUCACCCUACGACGAGCCCGAAUAUUUCGAUGCAGGGCGCCGCGUUUUUCCUGGAAGUUGCUUCAUCAUUCGCGACGACGAACCACUCUCCAUCAUCGCCUAUUCACUCAGUUCGCGCGAUUUCCGCGCCGAGAUGGGGACACUCGCCGAUCGGCCGCAAGACACCGCAGGGUACAUGGGCAGCAGAAAUGACGAACACGUGAAACAAUGGCGCAGCGCUGUGAUGGACGGUAGCGAAGCAAAAAGCAAUGGCUCAUACCUAUCCACCUCUACCGCCAGCACUGCAACAGCUGCGUCGAUGCUGCUCACGGAUAGGUCCAUGCGCAAAGUGCCGCUUGCUCAGCUCGACCCGGACAAGGACGAGGUGUUUUAUGAUGCUGAACCCGUGCGCGCCGUGCUAAAGCGCAAGAAGCGCGGACGCGAAUCAUCAAUCUUGUCACUGACGCUGAGACGCGUAGGCUCCACCAUCUCGGAAUCACAAGGCGCCGGUUAUCAAGCCAUGACCGCGAAUGGAAGGCCUCCAUCCUCAGCCGGCUCGAUCAAGGAACCUGAAGACGAUGACGACGAUGAUAGCGAUGACGGUGAUGACGACAAUAUGGACGAGAUCAGGACCGACGGGCGCAGCUCGACAACCUUAAGCUCUACCGGCGGUCAGGACACCACCCUGAACCCGCAGCGAACGCCUUUGAGACGGCCCUCUGCAGCUCACCUGGAUCGAGCAACGCCGUCACCAGCCUGGCCAGGUCUGCACAGUCCGGGCAGCGUCUCGGCGCUUCGACGCACUUUCGAGCUGCGUUCGCAGUCUUCCUUCUCGUCGAUUCCGGACCGAAAGUCUUCGAUCCAGCUGCAGCGGCCUGGUCAGUCCACCGGCACAAGUACGAUCAGCAAUGCAAGCACGGACCUCACCUUCCAGGCACAAGUCUUGCCUAUAUCGGGCCGUCCCGCGUCACUCGCCAGCAUCUUUUCGUCAGAGAAACCAGAUUCGACGGCUGCAGAUUCGCGAUUCAGCGGCGUGGCAACUCGUGUUCAUGGAACGGCUGCAUCCCCGGGCCACCCUCGUUCGGCAUCUAAGUCACGUCGACCAUCCUCUUUGGUAUCUGAUACCUCGCGCGAUGUGGACAAUGUCAAACUGUUUUCUGGAACCUCUCCUGCGGCAAAAAACGGUCGCAAUACUCAUCGGUUGGGACCGCAACCCGCAUCCACGGGCGAGGGCGUCGCAAAUACGGAUACUCAAUCGUUCGUUUCUAACAGCACGCUACCAGGAUCUCAAGCAGCCGAAUCGCCACACAUCAAGCACAAUCUGGUGCACAGUAGCACCAAGAUCUCUUGUGUCUCGUGGUUUGCCGAAGAAUUUGCGGCGCUUCGCGAGCGCUGGGGAGUCGAGCACGACUACGUGCAAAGUCUAUCGCGGUGCCAGCCAUGGAUCGCGACGGGCGGCAAGUCGAAGUCGGCGUUUUUCAAGACCGCCGAUGAGCGAUUCAUUGCCAAGCAACUGCUCACUGUGUGGAGUAUCGACGAGAAGGAGGCAUUCCUCGAGUUUGCGCCCGCCUAUAUUCGCUACAUGAUGAACUCUGCUAUCAACGAUUGCCCGACGCUGCUCGUCAAGAUUGCAGGCGUAUAUAGCAUCAAAAUCAAGGACAUAAAGACGGGCGAGACGAAGCUCAAGAUGAACGUAAUGCUGCUGGAGAAUCUGUGGGCAGGUGACGGCGGCAAGUCGAUCCGAUUCGAUCUCAAGGGGAUCCGCGAUCGCAAAGUCAAGCUCAGUGCUCAACAGCAACAGGAUCUGCAGCAGGCUUCGACCAACGCAGCGGUCAACGGACAGCCGCUCGUUGAUGUUUCUGGUGGAGCAAAAGGUUCGACGGUCCAAGGAUCGGCAACGACUGCUAUGAAUUCAGGUGUGAUGUCGGCGGCGUUGGACGAGUCCGAAAGCUCCGGUACGGGCGCUGCGAGUGCAGGUGGGGCGUCUAGCGGUGGUAGCCAAUGGAGCUCGAGUCAGACAGGAGAAGCUAGAGCAGGAACAGGGGAGCCCAAACCGGCAUCUUCUUCAUCGAGUUCGAGCGCCGUCUGGUGGGACAGUGAAUGGAUCGAGCGAUACCGUCAGCGGGCAUUUGUACCCGAGACGCAAAAGGAGCUCUUCCUGAGGGCACUGCAGAACGACACGCACUUCCUGACGGCCUCGAACGUUAUGGACUAUUCACUGCUCCUCGGAGUUAUGGAACGACCUAUUCGGCAGGACGACAUGUAUCCGUCGGCAGCGCCAGACGCAGCCGAAGCAGCCAAUGCGGAUGAAGCACCGGAAAGACCCUCGUUUCGAUGCAGGAUCGUUGACUUCCUCGGUGCGUUCACCUUGGCCAAGCAGCUCGAGUCUAGCUCGAAGAAGGCACUCAAGGGACAAGAGGCUAAAGGCAACGUGACGAUCUUACCGCCGGGCGAGUAUGCGAGUCGAUUCUUGUCGGCCAUGGACAGCUACUUUAUCGGUACACCUUGUCAGCCUCGGAUGGAUGCUCAGUAUGGGUUCGACGGGAUGUGUGCAGAGGUGGCGGGUGGUCAAGCUGGGGCGGUUCAAGGCGGCGGUAGCGGUAGCGAUGCUGGUGUAAGACGUCCUCGGCUUGCCUCAGUGUUGUAG